AUGUCGCCUCGUAGCAAACCUUUAGCCCAGUGCAUGUCAGCCAGCGAGGCUGGGGUUUGGAACAUGAUUUUAACCUUGUCCCAUUCUCUGUCCUUGUCUGCAGAGAGUGGCCAGAUUAACAACAAUGUGGGAGCGAGCUCAAACGUUGGCCAACCGCACCCGUACCCGGCCCUCAGCCAGCUGGCUCACGUCUACGAACAACAGCAGCAGCAGCAGCAGCAAAACAAGGAUCUGAACAAAUACGCCUCGCUGAAGGCUGUCGCUGCCAAGUACAAUGGUGAAGUCUACAGCAAGCGUCGGCUCAUGGUAGAGCUGCCAACAAAGGGUGGCUUUCCUCUACAGCCAAUGGGAAACUCCAGAACAUCCAUGGGCAACAUCUCAUCAAUGACUCCAAUGACCGCCAACACCAUGGCUGCAAACCCUAUGACUUCCAAUCCCAUGAACUCCACCAUGACACAGAUGACCUCAAUGAACCCAAUAGCAUCCAUGGCUUCUUUGACACCCAUGACGUCUAUGACACAUAUGACUUCACUCACCCCAAUGACCUCCAUGACUCCCAUGACCUCCUUGGGUCCACUGACUCCAGAGCCUGUGGCCACCUAUAUCACUGAGAUGCCAAGCAUCUCCUCUGUCUCAAGCCUCCCAACAGAGAGACACAUAGCAGGCGCAGUAGGUGGACUCAAACCAAAUGGCCAAAAACCCAAAGGCAGCCAUAGUCAUGUUGCCCACAGCUCCCACAGCUCCCACAGUCAUGCUCACAGCCACAGUAGCAAGCCGCCAGGACUUGGGGCUACUUCCCUGGCACAUAUGGUGGGGACUAUGCCAGGUGGCACAUCCCUGGGCAUCUCCAGGGCUGCUGAGACCUCCUUUGGCUCAGGCUCAGCUACAAUGGGCCGCCCAUUGGCAUACAGCUCCAACACAAUCGCAACUGGGCAUGCAACUGGGUUUGGCAUAAAGGGCUGGGAUGGAACUGAGACAGUAGGCAGGAGGAAGAACUAUGGGCACAAGAGGCCCCAGUGCACCGUGCUGGAGCCAAACCAGCUCCACAGCACCAGGGGGCACAGCCACAGUCAACACUUCCUCCCCACACAGCCCUAUUAUGUGACCAACAGCAAAACAGAGGUGACUGUGUGA